AUGUGCUCUGAACUCCGAUCAACUCUCUUACAGACAGCUCAAGUCUGGACACGAGAUCCUACCCGGGCAUGUCUUGCGAUCUACCAUGGCGAUCUGUCCGUGCUCAUCUUCGGCGCUGCCUUUUCUCCAGACGAGAGAAAUUGUCUUCGUGUAAUGCCCGCAUGGUCCCGAAACCUCCCCGUCACUGCAGACCCUGCCGACAGUACUCACCACGGCUUCUGUCGAGCCUCCAAGGCCUCACCUCAGAUCAACCAUGAUGCAGUUCAUGACGAUUCAGUCGGCGACAGCAUAGCUGAUACGGACAAAGAGACUCAAGAAGGCAGCACACUCCCUCCGAUGGCAAUAUGUCCCAAUUCUUCGGGGUUUACAACAAACCAAGCCCUGAAUCAGCAGAAACACAACUUCUCUCAAAACACUCGCCCCCAGAUGACGGUGGCGAUCAAGCAAGCAUGCGGUGUGGCAAGACGCCAUAAGCAAACAGUCGCCAUAAAACUCAACGACCAGACUGAUCGAGCUGUGGGAUUGAAGCUCUUCCUGCCACGGCAAGAGCAGCCCAAUCUUGUCGGUUUCGAAUGUCAUAAUUCAGGAUACUAG